GCGCCGCGGGAAACCUGACAGGCCGCAUGGCUGCGGGUUGUUCAGAGGCUCCGCCGCCGAAGGCGGCCUCUGAGGGACCAGUGGCGGGACCGGCCGGCGUCCUGCCCUGCCUAGAGCUGCCAACCUACGCUGCCGCGUGUGCGCUGGUGAAUAGCCGCUACUCCUGCCUGGUGGCGGGGCCGCACCGAAGACACAUCGCGCUUUCGCCGCGCUACCUUAACAGGAAACGCACCGGUAUCCGAGAACAGCUCGAUGCGGAACUCCUGCGCUACUCCGAGAGCCUUUUAGGUGUCCCCAUUGCAUAUGAUAACAUCAAAGUGGUAGGUGAACUGGGAGAUAUUUAUGAUGAUCAAGGACACAUUCAUCUUAACAUUGAAGCAGAUUUUGUUAUUUUCUGCCCUGAACCAGGGCAAAAGCUUAUGGGUACAGUUAAUAAAGUGUCUUCUAGCCACAUUGGCUGUUUAGUACAUGGGUGUUUCAAUGCCUCCAUCCCUAAACCUGAGCAGAUGCCAGCUGAGCAGUGGCAGAUCCUAGAGAUAAAUGUGGGUGAUGAACUAGAAUUUGAAGUAUUUCGUUUGGACUCAGAUGCUGCUGGAGUAUUCUGCAUUCGGGGAAAAUUAAAUACCUCUAGUUUACAAACCAAGUGCUCUACAGUUUCUGAAGAAGUAACAGAAACUGGCACUGAAGAAAUUGUAGAAAAACCUCUGAAGAAGAAAAAGAAAAAGAAGACAGACCCAGAGCCAUAUGAAGUGGAGAGUGAUAACAGAGAACUAGCAGAUUUUGCAGAUGUCACUGUGAAAGAAGAGACAAACCUGCAGAUAAAUAAUACGAAUGGCUUCCAGAACGAAGAGCCAAAGAAGAAGAAGAAGAAAAAGCACCAGGAAGACCAGGAUCCUGUUUUCCAAGGUAGUGACUCCAGUGGUUACCAGAGUGACCAUAAAAAGAGAAAAAAGAAAAGAAAACACAGUGAGGAAGCUGAAUUUAUCCCACUUUUGGAACAGUCAUCUAAAAAGAAAAGGGAAAAGUAAUUCCUUUAGUGCAUUUUACUCAGUUUUUUGAAGAUUGAUUUACAUACAGUAGACGAAUAAAUGUGGGAAUCAUAUGAAAUGCUUGUGUAUUCCAGUAGUCUGCAAAACAGGAAACAUUUCAUUAGUAGGAAUUUUUGGUGCUAAAAUUAUUAAAGUGGUAAUUACUUUGGGAAAUACCAAUAUUAUCAAACUGCCAUUUUAUUGUAUACAGAAUAAGAGGAUAAGACCUCUCUCAAGUCUUGCAUUUUUCCAGUUUUUACAUGCUACAUAAAAUUAUUUCUGUCAUCUGAAGACUGGUAAAGGACUUUGUAAUAGAGUCAUUUGUAUCAUUACCAAAUGGUUUUGAGCUUGUGUAUUUUUUAGUAGGUUUGGCCUUCAGUCAUAAUAUUAUAUGAGAUUUUUAGAUUUUCUUUUCUCUGGCUACUACGAGAUUUCUAUGGUUCAAUUUAGAAUGGUAAGUCUCCAGAGCUCAUUAGAACCAUGCCACUAUUGACAGUGGUAGGAAACAUUGUUCACUGUUCUUCCCUUCCAGAUGUAUGUUGGUUUUUGUUUCUGUUUCUGGUUUUUUUUUUUGUUUUUUUUUUUUGUAUAAGAGGUUGAUGUAGAGGGCUCUUCUCUUGUACUUGUUUAUGUGUGCCUCAGCUGUAAAUGUCAUUCUUACUAGUAGGAAAUUUCUCAACUACUUUAUAAUAAUUGGGUUAAGGUAUUAAAAAUGAUUCUUAAGAGAAAA